AUGACUACAGGCACGACGUACCAGUAUUUACAAAACACGAAUCUGGGUAAUGUUGCUGAUGUUCAGACGUCGUCGAGGCACGAAAGUGAUGGUGAUGCGUCUUUGCUCAUCGGCGACCAUGAGGCGCCGGUUUGGCAAAAGAUAAACAAAUGGCUGCCACGACGGGGCGCUCGUCAAGACUUUUGGUGGAACGUCACGGGCAGACACCUUGCAACAAUGCUACACGAGGCCGGCUACUCAUUGUCCCGUCAGUACGAAUGUCUUUUGUUCCACUACUACGUCAUCGUUCCUCGCAUGGGUCCGAGGCCUAGCUCCCUAGGUCAGCCUGCCUUCAAGAGCUUCAUGACGGACGACUUUUCGCCCAUCGAGUAUAGUUGGAAAUGGGGCGAUACCAAUGCUGAAGCGCCGAGCAUCCGGCUGAGUGUUGAGCAUAUUGGACCAAACGCGGGUUCUGCCCUGGAUCUCUACAACCGGGCAUCGACCACUGAGGUCAUGGAUCACCUACAUGCCGCAGACCCUUCCGUUGACCCUGUGUGGUUCAAAGCGUUUCUACAUGACUUUGACCCUCAUAAUAACGAGAUUUGCCACGGUGACUGGGGAAGUUCGCUUUUCACUGCAUAUGAACUCGGCGCGGACAACAUCGCGGUAAAGGCCUACUUCGUACCCAGGGAUUCUGGUGUCUGCCAGGACUUCUUCUCCCAUGGCUUUGAAGAAACCAUGAGAAAUGUCUAUGGCGAUGAUUCAAGCUAUCUUUCUGCUUUCAAAAUCCUCUCCAACUUCCUUGCCACCGACCCCAACGGUCAGACGCUACGAAUGCUGAUCUUGGGCAUCGACUGUAUGGCCCCAGAGAAGUCACGCAUCAAGGUCUACAUGCGAACUCCCGGUACCUCGCUCAGUCACAUCAUUUCCAUCUUGUCGCUAGGUGGAAGGAGACCUCUUUCUGAAGACUCUAUCGAUGAAAUCAAGGAGUUGUGGUGCGCUACGCUGGACCUCGAUCAAGAUAUCUCGGACGACGAUGAUUUACCAAGGGUAGACCACGAAACAUCUGGUAUGCUGUUUUACUUUGACAUCAAGCCUUCGUCUUAUUUGCCAGAUGUGAAAGGAUAUAUCCCCAUGCGGCAUUAUGGGAGGAGUGACCUAGCUAUUGCGCACGGUUUGAUUGGAUUCCUUGAGAAACGCGACCGGGCUAAAUACAAAGAUCGGUAUUUGGAAAUGCUCAAAGGCUUUACGAAAGAAGUCGAAACGCCAUCCUCGCGAGGUUUACAUACAUAUAUCUCUUUCGGGAUUGGCAAAGACGGUCAUUUGCAAUUGACAUCUUACUUUAGCCCUCAGGUGUAUGACAGACUAGCUAAAGCGAAAACAAUUUAG